AUGGCGCCGUCCGACGACGCCGAAGCGUCUCCCCUCGACGGCGUCUACCACUCCCUCAAGACACUGCUGCUCGACCACAAGUACGCCGACCUCGUCAUCCGCUGCGGCGGCCAAGACUUCAAGGCCCACCGAGCCAUCGUCUGCCCGCAGUCUUCCUUCUUCGCCAAGGCCUGUGACAACGGCUUCAAGGAAGCCGAGACCGGCGUCAUCGACCUGCCCGACGAUGAGCCCGAGAUCGUAACCCACUUCCUCCAGUUCCUCUACACGGGCAACUACCAGGACGGCGAGCACCUGGUCCUCGACAAGCCCGCCCACGCCGCAACUCUGACCCUCGACGACGUUGGACGCGAGCUGCAAGCCCCCCUCGGCGUUGUCACGGGAGGCCAGUGGGAUCGCUUCAAGCGGCCGAGGCUCAGGAGCCAGGUGCACGCCACGCUAUGCGGCGCCGACGACGGUCAUCAACCGGGGCCCGACGACGAUGAGGAGCCCGGGAGUGAGUCCAAUGCGGACGAGUCGAGCGACGAGGAGUCAAACGACGACGACGACGACGAGGCUGAGGUUGGCCAAGUUGAGGCUGGCCAAGUCGGCCUUGACCAGGUCGACGUGGAAGAGCCCAGGGAGGAAUACUCUUCAGGAUCCGAGGCCGACGAAGCCCCAGCCACGGAAGACGACGCCGUGGACAUACAGGCUUACAAGCACGACCGCCCCACCAGCCUCGCCACCUCUCUCCGCGUCUACGUCAUGGCCGACAAAUUCGACGUCCCCGCCCUCAUGCUCCUCGCCCGCGAGCGCUUCUGGAACACGGCCCGCCAAGUCUUCGAGACGCACCCGGACUUCCCCGCCGUCGUCGACGAGCUCUACCAGACGACAGCCCCCUCGGACUGUGCCAUGCGCGAGAUCCCCUGCCGCCUCAUCGCCGCCAGCUUCGCCUGGGGCGCGCCCACCUGCAAGGCCCUCGAGCCCGUCAUGUGCAAACACGGCGAUCUGGCCCUCGGCGUCCUCAAAUACAGCAACUUGUAUCUGCUUCACCCCAAGUGUCCCGCCUGCGUGGCCAGCAAGGAUCUCUGGGACGAGGAGUCGUCCGAUGACGGAGCGUAUUUGCCUUGA